UACAAUUUUUCAAUUUCGAAGUCCCAACAGCAUCAAAUUUUCGGAAUCUCGGCAUCUCUAAGAACGAAUCUUUCCCUUUCUUUCUUACUCUUUCUCUCUCUGUUUUUAAAAUCUUUGGGAUCGUGAAAGCCCAAGAUCAAGAUUGUCGGUCUUGUGGGUUUUUCCCGGAACCUCCAAGAUUACACAGUCGGUGACCGUAUGUUUGUCAUUGUUUCAUUCCCUCCAUUUUUUACUGAUAACAACUGAGGGACCAAAGAAGAAGAAUCUCCUUCUGGGGCCGCUUGUUCUCAGCUGAUGGUUCUUCAAUUUCAGGCGAAAUAAGAAUUGUGAGAAUUCCAAAAUGUCUUCUGAAACAAUGGAAAAUAGCGGUACUUCUUUGGUGAAAGGAAGUAAAAGACAAAGGCUCUGGAAGAAGGUGAAGUACCAACUGGUUGAGUAUCACAUGUUGCCUGGGUACUUGAGGGACAAUGAAUACAUUGUGGGUCAUUACCGGUCCGAGUGGCCGUUAAAGCAGGUCUUGCUCAGCAUAUUUUCCAUUCACAAUGAGACACUAAAUGUUUGGACGCAUUUAAUAGGGUUCUUUCUUUUCCUUUCAUUGACGAUAUACACUGCAAUGAAGAUUCCAAAGGUUGUUGAUCUUCACACUCUACAUUUUCCUGAUGUUCUGAAAAAGGCUGAUCUGCACAAACUGCAAGAAGAACUCUUGACAAGUCUUCCAUCCUUACCAAACUUGCCUGAUCUACACAGGCUUAGGGAGGAGUUAAAAACUUGGCAUAUUCUGGAACUUUUUUAUAAUUGUUUGCCUGAGCGAUUUUCUCAUGCCAACCACACCGAUGUUUGUGUUCUGAUGGGGACGGGAAGACAAUGUGAACGUAGCAUGAAAGAAGAUGUGGCAAACAUAAUAGCACCAUUGAUGCUGACGCCAAUCACACGAUGGCCAUUUUUUGCAUUCUUAGGGGGCGCCAUGUUUUGCUUGCUGGCCAGCAGCACAUGUCACCUCCUCUCUUGCCACUCCGAGCGUGUAUCAUACAUCAUGCUCAGGCUCGAUUAUGCUGGAAUAGCAGCACUUAUUUCUACCUCCUUUUACCCUCCUGUCUACUACUCCUUCAUGUGUAAUCCUUUCUUCUGCAACCUCUACAUGGGCUUUAUAACCCUCUUGGGAAUCACCACCAUCAUGGUUUCUCUCCUGCCAGUCUUUCAAACUCCUGGAUUCCGUUCCAUUCGUGCUUCUCUCUUCUUUGGCAUGGGCUUGUCUGGGGUUUUACCAAUUAUGCACAAGCUUGUCAUGUUUUGGGACCAACCUGAGGCACUCCACACAACCGGAUAUGAGAUUCUGAUGGGUGCCCUUUAUGGGAUAGGAGCAUUGGUUUAUGCCACAAGGAUUCCAGAACGAUGGAUGCCUGGGAAAUUUGACAUUGCAGGGCACAGCCACCAGCUGUUUCAUGUAUUAGUAGUGGCCGGGGCUUACACUCACUACAGGGCAGGGCUUGUUUACCUCAAAUGGCGCGAUCUGGAAGGUUGUUGAAUUUGUUGUUUUAAGAAGAUUGAUAGGUGGGAAGGCCUUUGUUGGUUGUCACUUUGUAUGAACAUUAUCGAAUUUGUUGUUUUAAGAAGAUUGAUUGGUGGGAAGGCCUUUGUUGGUUGUCACUUUAUAUGGAUAGGUGAAGUUGGUUUAGGAAAACGAGAAGAGCCUCUGCCCCAUCCCUCAGUCUGUAAAUCUAGAUGUAACUCAGUAUUGAAACGAAUGUUGUUUUCUAUUCAGGUGUAGAUGAAAAUAAGAAAAAGAAGAAUGUUUUGCACCUCCUAGGUUGUAUAGGUGCUUCUCAUAAUCCUUGUGAAUGUAAGGAUUCUUGUACUAUCAGACCAAAAAAAAGGAAAGUACAAACAAUUAUUGGUAUAGGUUCCAAAUGAAUGAGCAUCUUUCCAAAAA